AGGACCCCAAGUAAAGUCGAACCAGGACGUCCUGUUUACAGAAGAAGAAACUGGCUUCUAAGCUAAACUUAAUUUACAGCGGAGCAUCACCCGGGGGAGGGCGUCUCAGGACAAGAGGCUGUUGGGGAAACGUGAUGGAAAAAGCUAUGAGGAAGUCCACAGCUGUGCCUCUGGGUGGCCAGGACGCCCACGGCCCGGUAUAAAGGCGGCCCAGGCAAGGAGCCUCCAGACGUCCCCGCCCUCCUCCCUCCCGGACACCGGCCGAGCCCCACGCCAACAUGUGCCACACCAGCUGCUCCGCGGGCUGCCAGGCUUCCUGCGGCUCCUCCGGCCCCUGCCAGGCGUCCUGCUGUGUGCCCGUGAGCUGCAAGCCCGUGUGCGUGCCCGUGAGCUGCAGACUCACCGUGUGCGUGCCCGUGAGCUGCAGGCCCGCGUGUGUGCCCUCCUGCCAGUCCUCCGUGUGCGUGCCCGUGAGCUGCAGGCCCGAGUGUGUGCCCUCCUGCCAGUCCUCCACGUGCGUGCCCGUGAGCUGCACACCCACCGUGUGCGUGCCCGUGAGCUGCAAGCCCGCGUGUGUGCCCUCCUGCCGGCCCUCCUGCCCCACCCUGGUCUGCAGACCCGUGUGCUGUAGCUCCCCGAGCUGCUUCUGACCAGGGGUCUCCUAACACCUGCUCCGGGGGCAGAGGGGGCCCCGCCCGUGCCCCUCCGGUGAGGACCAAGUCUUCGCCGGGCCUCCAGUUCUGCGCGCGGCAGGUCAAACACUCCCGAUGAAUCGUCUGAACCCUGGGGCGAGGAGGAGCAGGACGAGCCGGAUCCCCCCGUGACCCUGCGUGUCUCCGCCGGGGUCCUUCUCUGUCUCCGGCAGGGAA